UAAUGGUAACACCAUUAUUUUUGUCCUUGUUCUUGUUGCCAAAAACGCUCACUAAAAUUUUGGAAAAAUCCUCCAUUGAAUACUCACAAUCAGCCUCAGUUUACUUUUGAAAAUUGUUUCAUUAAAUAAGCUGAAGUUCUGUUGCGUUGCUAUAUUUCUUUUCAACUUCGCUUUAAGUACAUUGUAGAUUAUUGUUUUCAUCGUAAGAAGCAGCAAUGGAAGAUAAUUCCUCGAGCGAUGACGAAAUUCCUUCCUCAUCUACUGGACCCAAGUCCGGAGGAAAAAAGAUAAAACUUAACGAUGGAAGUUCGCAAGAUAGUGUCAAGGAAACUGUUGUGUCGGAGAGUAAAGAUGAGAAUGUGGACAGUGGAGUGUCGGCGGAUAAGUCCGAGAGCACUAGUAGCGACGACCGUGCUGAGCGUGCUGAGGGUGCUCCAGCACCGGUGCAGGGCCCAUCGAACGAGGAGGUGAUCGUAGCGCCUUCCAGCAGUAAUGUCCGUGCGAUCCUAUUGAAUAUUAAACGUCCUAAGUGGAGUAGAAAUUAUAGGAAACGCAAGACGCCUGGCAGAGAUUCAGACAGUGACUCUUCAAGGGACUCUGAUGAUUUAUCUGUAGAUGAGACUACUACCCCUUCAGGAGCUAAUGAUACUUCUAAUACCAACACAAACUCCGAAACAGAGAGUGAACAUGAUAUUAGGAGGUUGGCUGACUUCCUUACUCCUGAGUCUGAUAUGAGUUGUCACAGUAAUAGUGCUUCAUCAAGCUCUUCAGAUACUCCUGGGAGCUUUGCUUCAGACAAUAUUUUGGGGAUUCCAUCCGGAGACUCAGACACUGAUGAUGAGGCUCCUGCAAAUCGGACUUUGGAAAAUGAUGCCACCGAAGACACUGAGGCCUCAAUACCACCUGUGUUACUCAAAGCCAGACCUAAACACAGCUAUUUGCUACUCAGAGAAAUAAUGAACCGGGAGAUGGGGCUGACAUUUCCCUGCGGCAAGACCGCGCAAGACCACGCCGUGUUCGAGAGCAGGUUCUACGGAUCCCUACAUGCGGUAUACAGACUGAAGAAGUUACACAAUCUCAAUAAACACAGAGGCUGUGUGAAUUGCAUUAAUUUUCAUCCUGAAGGUCAACUCCUAGCGUCAGGGUCAGAUGAUACAAACGUAGUGUUAUGGGAUUGGGCUCGUAACAAAGCCUUGUCUACAAUCAAAACAGGCCACAAAUCCAAUGUGUUUCAAAGCAAGUUCCUAUAUCUUAAUGGCAAGAGUCAAGUGAAUAUUGUCACAUGUGCUAGGGAUGGACAGGUUCGUCUCCUCCAAUCCCACCCGAGCGGCGGAGCCAACGCAGCUCGUCGCAAGUUGUGCUCGCACUCCCGCGCCGCGCAUAAAUUGCACGUGUCUGCUUACGAGCCGCAUAUUGUUUUAUCUGCAGGAGAGGACGGUCUUGUAAUGCAGAGUGAUGUCAGAGCUGAACAUCCUUCCAGACUAUUACAACUGAAGGAUCGUUCGGUGGUGAUCCCGCUAUACAGUGUAUGCGGGCACCCAAUAGAGACCCAGUACUUCAUAGUGGCCGGCAGGGACAAAUAUGUGAGACUCUACGACCGACGAAAGUGCACUAAACCAAUUGGCUACUUCUGCCCAGCCUCAUUCAGCGAGAACUCACGUACGCCGGAAAACCAGCAGACGGAUAACCUGGUGGUAAGCAAUCAGCGUCGCCGAUGGAUACCCGCUACACUUGAGCAGAUACAAGGAACGGUGAGAAGAAAAGUUCGGUUGUCUAUGAUGCACCUCACCUGCGCAGUUUAUAACCACAACGGAACUGAAAUUGUCGGCUCCUAUAAUGAUGAGGAUAUUUACCUGUUUGAUGUCAAAAAGGAUGUUAUGGUUGAUAAGACCAACACAAGUGAACGUGAGACUGUAGGCUACACACAUCGGUUCAGUGGACAUCGCAACAGUGCGACGUUCAAAGGCGUGGCGUUCUAUGGACCGAAGAGCGAAUACGUGGUCUCUGGGUCCGAUUGCUCCUAUAUUUAUAUCUGGGACAAGAAGACGGAGUCUAUUGUGCAGUGGUUAGUCGGAGAUCUGAACGGAGUCGUCAAUUGCAUAGAAUCCCACCCGAAAUGUCCAGUGCUGGCGACUAGCGGGCUCGACAAAGAUGUUAAGAUUUGGAUGCCUAAGAGUCAAUACGACCCGACAUACGAUGGCAUAGAAAAAGUGAUACGCGAAAACAACAUGACUCAGCAAAGAAGUCCGCUGUUUAGUGAUUUUUUACCUACACUAUAUAGUGCGUGGAGAGGAGAGAACAGACUGUUUUCUGACGACGACAGUCUACCGUCGGGGAACAUCGAAUUCGAUGGCAACGUAUGCACUACCUUCUAAAGACUCAGCGACGACCGUUACGAAUAGAUUUAAACGCAGCGAAGUUAUCUGAGAUUUUGUUGUUAUUAUUUUGUUAAAUUUCAUUGGUUGGUUAGUAACGUAAGAUUACGAUUACGACGUUAAGGUGGAGGUAGAAAACUAAAUGUGUGUAUCAGAACAUGUUCUACUACUGAAUAGUACCUAGGAAGCCAUGUUACUAGGUGAGAUAAGAUUGCGGUGUUUAAAUUAGAGCCAAUUUUUCAAUGGUCAGAUAAUUGUUAACUGUGGGAUAACUUUCAAAUUUUGACAAUUCUUCCGUACUAAAAGCUGUCAACUGUCAAUUUUAUUCUACAGGAAUUAAGUAAUGACUGAAAAAUUGGCCCUCAAUCAGUUUUGCAUUAUAUAAUUUAAAGUUUUUAAACUCUGUUGGUUUUUGUACUUUUAUUGUGGAGUUAGUCGUUCUUGUUGAUGGACAAGUUGUAAUGUUGCUAUUUGGAUCGAAAUUCAUGAUUGAUUCGAUUCUCAGAUGUUCAUCGGCUGACACGCUAAAUAAAUCGGUACUAACCGGUUGCUAUGUCAAACAUUUUUGUCGUUAAAUUAUCCAACAUAAUAUCGAACUAAAGAAAUAUACUCGUCAAAUGUUAAGUUAAGAGCCGAUUUUUCCAUCGCCAGAUAAAUUAUAUCGAAGUAAUAAUUUUGAAUAUUUGACAAUUCUAAAUACUGUCUCAUGUCAAUUUUAUUAUAUAGUUAAGAAUUAUAUGUUGAUUGAAAAAUCCGCCCUAAGACCAACAGUUGUCCAAGCAUUCAAGACACUAAUAUCUCAAUAAUUUCUUGAUAUUUUUUGGUGAUUUAAUAUGUAACGUUUGAUAGAUGGUCUCAGGUAGCAUUAUUUAUUUUGUAAAUAUUAACACGCUUUUAGGGAAUAGAACGCGUGACACCUGUUACUAUCACUUACAGGUUAUAUUGCGUCAAGUGUUAAUAUUAAUUGUAUACGAGUCUAAACAACACGCGAUGUCACCGCGUGUAGUACGAAGUCUGUUCUUACCUUUAUUUUUUUACUUUUAAAAAUCAUACCGCUGCAUUUAGAUCUAGACUUAACAAAAUUGAUAUAACUAGGAAUUAGUUUCUCAUCUAACAUUAAUCAUUCACGUUUAAUUUGUAAUUGUAAUGCCAAACAUACACAUGUAAACAUUAGUUGUUUUAUAGUUACAAGACGCUUGUGGUUUUUGAAAUAUAAACGGUAAUGAUAAAGUGCUAUUUAUAAAUAUUAUCUGUAUUAUUUCAAAUAUCAUUGACCUAGUAACAGUUAGUAUACAAACAAAAUGGCUACCGGAUUAGCGGUAUCCGGAUUCCGUAUUUACGAUACGACCUAACUAAACGUGCUGUUAAUAACAUCUUAAUUAGAUUUUAUUAUACAAAUAUUAUCAUAAAUUUGUUUAAGAACAUUAAACAUUGGUAUACAGCUGAUUUUAAAGCAUUAAAUGACGGAGAAAAUGAGGGAAUUUGUUUAAAUUUCGCUCUAAAAAAGUUGCCAAGUUGCCAGUUACAAUAAUGUUUGCAUACUGGCAAUGAUAUCCUAUGAAUGAUUGCAUAAAGGUCAUGUGUAAUCUCCGCACGUAUUACGGGACGCUCCGCUGACGCAACUUUGACUGGCGUCUUAGUCAUGAUUUGUAUUUAUAAUAUCUAUUUACAAAUGACCUGUACUAUGUCUAGGUACUGGAUUUAGGCUAGCUUGUUUACCGUUAUGGACUUCAGACAUGCAUUUACACUGGUAUAUUCAGUAUAUUCAAGCUAAGUGAUAUAUGAAAAGAAAUAAAACCUCUUUCAUUUUUCUAUGUGUGUUCAUCAUCAUUAGUCUAUGUGAAAGUUUAAAAACUACUUUUUUGUAAAUAAAAUUCAAAAAUAAAUACCACGCAUUUUGCGAAGAUAAAAAUUAUGCACAGAUUAUGUAUUAUUAUUUUAAGAAACUGAAAUUCUGAAUAGUAAACAAUAAAACAUUUUCUACUUUUAUAUUACAAAUAUGUAGAACGACAGCACAGUGAUCUUAAUUUAAAUAAAAUAAAACUAUAAAACAGCAAUACAAGGAAAAAUGUAAAGUGUCCUCAUCAUAGUACCAACUGAGCAAAAACGAAAGAAUUUCGAAAUACCUAAUAAAGAAUCAGCAAAAAUUUAUAAAAUUUUGGUUAUUAUACAGAUUAUAUUACAUAGAAAAAAAAGCCUUUUAACUUUAAUUUUUAAUACAACUGUUUCUACGAAUAAAAGACCACAAGUGUCGUAGUUUGAUAGCUUUGGAAUUUGUAAACGGUAAAAUAAUUUUUAUAUUAUAAUAUUAUGUAUAUGCCUGUGAUAUACUGAUUUGAUUUAUAAAUUAGAGGAUAUGUUGUUUGUAAUUAGUUUUGAAAGGAUGUGGUAGUUGACAUAAUGGAGAGUUCAUUGAAAUAUUCAAAAUAAGAAUGAUACAAAAAAUGUAAACAAUCAAAACUAAUUUUGUAUUCCUUUAAAGUUUGAAGUAGAUAAUGAUAUGUCGUGGUAUUUUUAACUGGAAAGGAAUAGUCUAGAUUGCUCAGUUUGUAAAUCCAGCAUGGCUAAAAGUAUCUAUAUUUUUUUCUUCGUAAUUUCUAGGAAUCUGUAGACAGUUGCACUUGCAACACAAAUCUCGCUUAUUUAACCGUGUACUCAAACUAUUGUAUCUUUCAUCUUUUUAGAAUAAAAUAAAUACAUAGAAUUCAUAGUUUCUAGCAGUUUACUAUUUUGUCUUUAUACCUAAGUCUUACAAUAAUAAUAGCAUUUGCAAAAAUUUAAAUGGAUGGUGAAUGGUAAACUUUAAAUACCAUGCGCUUAAGUUUAUCUUUCGUCGAAAUGUAUUGUUCAUUACGACAAUAGUUUUUAAAGUUUUGUUAUUUAUCUUUAUGUACAUCUCUACCAUAUCAUAUACAAGUUUAUCAUGACUAAAAAUAAGAUGCCAACUAAGAAAUUGUAUCAAAUCAAUUCGAAAGAGUAAAACUGAACCUAAGUUUAGUUAAAUUAUAAAUACCUAAAACAUUAUAUAGACCAAAACUACAUACUUGCGUAGUUUUGUAACAUUUUUUCCUGCUGAUCGGUUUUUUUAGUAUGUAAAAAUAACAAUGUUUCAAUAAACAUUAUAUUAGGUGUCAAUGUCAACUAUUAUUAUAUUGUAUUUUAGACGUGACCAGUUAAAUAAAGCGUUGAUUUUAACGAAAAUCAACUUACUUUUGUUGAGAAGUAAGGUAUAAUUAUUGUUGCUUGUCUAGGAAUUGCUGAAAAUAUACAUACAUACAUGGAACCACUGUUGCGUCUAAAAUAUUAUACAUAUUAAACUUUUUCUUUACUUUGUUUGCCACCGCUCAUCUAGGUCAUAUGAUUCUAUUAUUUUAGUUGAGUGUAUUUUAUUUAUCGUUAGUGCUAUCGUCUCCCAAUGUGUGGAGUAAAAUGUAAGGUUUAGUCCCAAUGUGUAAAUAAAUGAUGAUUUUAAAUAA